CAGCGAGAAAAGUCAAAACAAACCGAAGUUUAUUAAACCGGACUUAUCAAACGAGUUGACAAAAUCAUUCAACAUGAAGGCAAUUAUUCAACGUGUUACAUCGGCCAAAGUUACAGUCGGUGAAGAUCUGAUUAGUUCAAUUGGAAAAGGUCUAUGCGUGCUAGUGGGGAUCUCCAACGAGGACAAUGCGAAUGACGUAGAUUGGCUUGCUAAAAAGCUACUCAACAUCCGCCUAUUCGAGGACCCGGCCGGCAAACGAUGGUCCCAAAGCGUCCUGGACCAGAAGCUGGAAAUUCUGUGCAUCAGCCAGUUCACGUUGUACAAUCGGAUGAAGGGUAACAAACCGGACUUCAGUAAGGCGAUGCAGGGCACGGAAGCGCAAAGUUUAUACAGCUCGCUGCUACAGAAACUGGCCGCCCAGUACGAGUUGGGUAAGAUUAAGGAUGGCAAGUUUGGUGCCCUAAUGCAGGUACACAUUCAAAACGAUGGUCCCGUAACGAUAGAAAUUGAAUCUCCGCCGCAAAGCCAACAGGAGCUGGAUAAGCUGAAAAGGGCGAACGAACAUAAGGCUAAAAGUAAAAAGGGUUGCGAGGCUGUGAGGGAAGGGGAAGGACAAUAAAUUCGAAGAACGUUCAAAAUCUGCGUGAUGUUUAAC